GUAUUUAAGGUUCGUGGUUAGGGGUUAUCGUAUGUUGGUAACUUUCGGCUCAGGACCCGAAAUGCUUCACUGUUUAUAAAGUGGCAGCCAUCAGGACGGAUAUCCAAAUUCACCAGCAGCAGUUGCCGAAGUAAUUCUUCACACUUACUUAAAGGUCAUUGACUUCAGUCAGAGAUGCCAUAUCUUGUCAAGGGUGUCACUCUCUUGCUACUACUGAGCAGUCUUCCAACUCAAGCUCAAGACUGCACCAGACCUAUAGGAAGAAACAACAUGAAUUUGAAGGACGAAUACAUUCUUUUAGACACAUUCCCAGAUGGGACCAAAGUUAGUUUUGCCUGUGCUGUUGGCCACGUGUCUGCAGGAGGGUCUGCAUCCAUUAUUUGUACUGCUGGCAGUUGGAGUCCUGUGAGGCUGAAAUGCGAGAGGAGAAGCUGUGGCGCUGCUGAAGAAGUGCCAAAUGGAUACGUUGACUACCCUCAAGGGAUAGAGUUUGGUGACGAACUAGUGGUCACUUGCAACGCUGGUUUCAGAUUGGUUGGAAAAACCAACAAACGUCUCUGUGGAGCUCAAGGGUGGAUGGGCAGGAUGCCUGAGUGUGAAGUGGUGACUUGUGAUCCCCCACCUCCAGUACAGAACAGCACUUUCAGGCCAGAUAAAGAAGUCUAUCAGUAUGGAGAAGUUGUGGAGUACAGUUGUCAACAAGAUUACACACUCUCUGGAUCAAGAACAAUAUCAUGUUCAGCUGAUGGAAGGUUUGAGCCUUCUCCUCCCACAUGUAUCAAGGUUCACUGUGAAGAACCUGUUAUUGCAAAUGCUAAGUGGAUUUGGGGUUUUCGACCCCCUCAUGGAUACCAGUCUACGGUGAUGUACAUGUGCAAACCUGGGUAUACUAUGAUAGGAGAGCCCACCCUGACAUGUGGAAUAGACAGCCAAUGGUCACCUGGACUUCCAACAUGUCAACUGGUGACUUGUGAUCCGCCACCUACAAUAGUGAAUGGCAUAUUCCAUCCAAAGAAAGAAUCUUAUGACUAUAGUGACAUUGUGGAGUACUGUUGUCAAAAAGAUUACACACUCUCUGGAUCCAGCUCAAUAUAUUGUUCAGCCCAUGGAAGGUUUGAGCCUGCUCCUCCCACAUGUAUCAUGGUUCAAUGUGAAGAGCCUGUCAUUAGAAAUGCUGAGUGGAUUUGGGGUUCUCGACCCCCUUAUGGACACCAGUCUACGGUGACGUACAUGUGCAAACCUGGGUAUACUAUGAUAGGAGAGUCCACCCUGACGUGUGGAAGAGAUGGUCAGUGGUCACCUGGACUUCCAACAUGUCAACUGAUUCAGUGUGAAGAGCCUGUUAUUACAAAUGCUGAGUGGAUCUGGGGUUCUCGACCCCCUCAUGGAUACCAGUCUAUGGUGACCUACAUGUGCAAACCUGGGUAUACUAUGAUAGGAGAGUCCGCCCUGACAUGUGGAAGAGACGGUCAGUGGUCACCUGGACUUCCAACGUGUCAACCUCAAGACUGCACCAGACCUAUAGGAGGAAACAACAUGAAUUUGAAGGACGAAUAUAUUCUUUUAGACACAUUCCCAGAUGGGACCAAAGUUAGUUUUGCCUGUGCUGUUGGCCACGUGUCUGCAGGAGGGUCUGCAUCCAUUAUUUGUACUGCUGGCAGUUGGAGUCCUGUGAGGCUGAAAUGCGAGAGGAGAAGCUGUGGCGCUGCUGAAGAAGUGCCAAAUGGAUACGUUGACUACCCUCAAGGGAUAGAGUUUGGUGACGAACUAGUGGUCACUUGCAACGCUGGUUUCAGAUUGGUUGGAAAAACCAACAAACGUCUCUGUGGAGCUCAAGGGUGGAUGGGCAGGAUGCCUGAGUGUGAAGUGGUGACUUGUGAUCCCCCACCUCCAGUACAGAACAGCACUUUCAGGCCAGAUAAAGAAGUCUAUCAGUAUGGAGAAGUUGUGGAGUACAGUUGUCAACAAGAUUACACACUCUCUGGAUCAAGAACAAUAUCAUGUUCAGCUGAUGGAAGGUUUGACCCUCCUCCUCCCACAUGUAUCAAGGUUCAAUGUGAAGAGCCUGUUAUUGCAAAUGCUGAUUGGAUUUGGGGUUCUCGACCCCCUCAUGGAUACCAGUCUACGGUGACGUACCAGUGCAGAUCUGGGUAUACUAUGAUAGGAGAGCCCACCCUGACAUGUGGAAUAGACAGCCAAUGGUCACCUGGACUUCCAACAUGUCAUAGACCAACCACACCUAAAACCACCACCACCACCACCACCACCACACCAUCAGUGCGUGGAUGUGAAGAACCUCUUAUUACAAAUGCUGAGAGGAUUGGAGGUACUCAACCCCCAUAUGGAUACCAGUCUUUGGUGACGUACCAGUGCAAACCUGGGUAUAAAAUGAUAGGAGAGCCCACCCUGACAUGUGGGAGAGAUGGUGAGUGGUCACCUGGACUUCCAGAAUGUCAAGCUGAUUCUGACACAACUGGCAACAAUGGAAAUAGCCUGGCUCUGGGGUUGGGUAUUGGUUUGACACUCGUCAUUGUUGCCCUCGUUUUCUGUGGAUGGUAUUUCUAUGGAUUCCCGUGCAUCAAGACAAAGCGAGGCUCUCGGAGCGGCAUUCCUGACAAUGUGGUUCCAAAAGAUGGAGAGGAUGUAGCACUCUAGUAAGCAUCGCGGUCCUGCUGGUCCAAUGUUGCUGGGGUUGAAAAAUGUCAGUUGAGAAGAGGAAUGUCACGGGACUUGUCCUGGAAUGUACUUGUGCUGUCCAUGUGCACGUGGAUGCCACAGACUGAAGAAACUCCAUGGCCAUUAGUAUCAAAAGCCGACCUGAUAUUCAGAAACCUCAACAAAUUGAGCUCAAUCCUAUGUUUAUGCUUUAAGCGGAUUCUGUAGUUAGUCCACAAUAAUCUUCAUCUUUGACAGGUCACUCAUAACUAGGUUUUUUUCCCUCUAUUCUGCAUAACUCAAAUCAGUAAUGUCUGGGAUGCCUUCCCUUUCCUUGACAGCAUCACAGCAGCAUAUUUCAGUGCUGCUAUAAUGAAGGAAUGUGAUUUCAUGUUUAUCAGAGGCCUGAACGCUCUGUAUGAAUAUAAAUGUUUGCACUGUAGCUCAGAGCACAGCUAAGCCUGACCAGUAUAGCUCAGCUACACCAAUGGCUUAAAACAAGCAAAAUCAGUUAGGAAUAUAUGCAUGCUCGACCUUAAACACAGCUGGUAGGGUUAAAUUAUUUUUGUUUAGACUUAGGAAACAUUCAAAAAUCAAAAGGCCUUGUUUACACCUGGUAUUAACAUGCGUUACAAUUGGAUCACAGGUGGGGAGCUCCAAGUACAGGUAUAGUGCGUUGUCAAUGUGUCCUGAGAUUUAAUCAAAUGGCUGCAUAUGGCCAUAUUUUUUCAGCAGUGUGUACAGUAUUUUGUCGCAUUGAAGGACCUUCUGCUAAGACGACAUCCUUGAUUAUCCGACUCUCCCUACCGGAUAAGUAAACUUUCUGUUGCUACCAUUACACAGGUUAGAUGCAGUGCUGAAGGACCGUCUCUGGAGCAGCUUUCUUCCCAGCAGUCAGGUCAGCAUGUGCCCAGGUAGCAAAAGCUAACACAGCAACAACUAUCAAACAAACUGACACCAACACCAAAACAAAACCCCGUCACUGAGUGUGUGUGUGUGUGUAUGUGAGCAGACUCUUAGCAGCUAUCCCCAGUGUGGAGCUUGUGAUCUUGCAGCAUGACAAACCUCAGUCCGGUUAAAAACAACACGUUUGAUAUUUGCAAAACAGAAGUGAUGUACGUGUUUAUUUGAUGAUAGAGUGUGGAAGUAAGAGCCGAUCACAAGUGGUCACUUGAGAAGUAUGCUGAGAAGCGUUGUAAUGCCAAGUGUGAACAGACAGACAUAUAGCUGUCCUCUUAGGAUCGGAUCACCCAAGACGCACAUAAUACCAGGUGUAAGGACGGCCAUAGUUCAACAGUUUUAGUUUAUGCUUUAGAACACAGUGGAUUCGCCUGUAACUAUUUUGUAUAUCAGAAAUGACAACAUUUGUGUAGCUGAAAUAGUUAAUCCACCAGCAAAAUCACUCACUCAUAUAGCCGAUAAACCCGUCCUCCCAUCAUGUAGAUUCAACUUCCACCUUUCCAGAGAUAACAAAGGGAUCUAUAAAACUGUCCCAAACACAGUGCCUGAGCAGAAGGCAUGCUCUUUAUGCCUUAAUGCAAAUUAUCAAGUGUUUUAGCUUGUUGUGUGUCAAUUGUUGUGCGUUUGUUAAUGGAGGCCUAAUUAUAGGCCUGCCUUAGCUUAAUGCUAAUGCUAAAUAAUUAGCCAUGUGUAAUGUCAUGUUGGGCACAUUGGUUUUCGUGUCCUGUAGCUUCACCAGCUUUCAAAAAAAGUUUCCCAUGACGUAAAAAUAGAAAAAUUAAGUUCUAAAUGAGUACAUUAUUUAUUUUCCUCGUAAAGAAUUGGUUUUGCAGACGUCUCUCUGCCACUGUCAGUUUGGUAUUUGUUCACCCUCACACCACUCAAAAGAAGAGGCAGACUUUAAGAGUAUUGAAAUACGGGCUUUGUGUCUGUGUCUUAUAAAGAUGUAUAGACUGUGAUCUUUGAAAAAAAUUGCACUUGCCUGGCUUUUUAUCUUUAUUUAUUAAAAUAAAUUUGUGUCAGAACAUUUCCAGAGUUUUGUAUGAUUUUGAGGCAGUCAGAAAAGUGCUAUUUUGGCACUUUCUUUUGUAUUAAUUAAUGAAAUAAACAUAAUCAUGGACUGUG